AUGGCUGUUGGUGGGUGUUUUUGCGGAAAUGUCCGCAUCGAAUAUACUGGUCAGCCUAUUGCGUCGGCACUAUGUCAUUGUGAGGAUUGCCGCAAACUGACCGGCACACUGUACUCAUACAGUCUCGUGAUCAAUGCCGAAGACUUGAAGGUUACUGGAAGCCCAAAGGCAGUGGCUAAGGUAUCGGACGCUGGAAAUCACUUAAACAACUUCUUUUGUCCAGACUGCGGCACACCUAUCUAUGGUCACAAAGUUGACUCAGCUGAUAAGCCCCUCGGAGUGGUAGUUCUUCGAGCGGGCAUUUUUGAUAAUCCUGAGCUCCUGAGCCAGCGCAAGCCUGUGGCAGAGAUUUAUACUAAAAACCGCGUAAGCUGGCUUAGUCCCAUCGAAGGAGCCGAUCAAUACCCCGAGGGAUUGGCGCUGCCAUAG